AGGAAUACCUGGAAGGAAGACGAAGGCAAUACCCUGCUCAACAAGUAAAGCUUUUAAUAUAGCCAAUAUUAUCAGUGUAUCUGCGAAGUGAGGCUACUAACGAACCUAAAAUGUAGGCUAACACAUUUUCUUCUUAUCGGGACAUGGGUAUCUUGGUAUUUCCAAUGGCGCAGAACAAGACGAACUAAAGGUUGUCAUGACGAGAUUCAUUUGAAUGAUAUGAGUGGCUGAAACAUGGAAAAACAAGACAACACAAAACAGGACGACAGUCUAAAGGGGCAAAGCUCACUCCAUCAUGAGAUGCCUCCAUCACCUGUGCCCACUUGUGUGUCCAUGAAGAGUGACAAGUCAGAGAAUCGUGACAUAAACUUCCAACAUGAUGAUAUGACAGAUGGAUCAAGUGGUCAAAUGGAAAAAUGCAAACCAGAUGCCGUCAGUGACCACUUCACCCAGGGGGACCUCAAGCACAUAUUCCAGUUGCUUGAGGAGAAGAUAAUUGACUUUGUGAAGAACGAGCUGAAGAGAUUCAAGAAGAUUGUGAGUCCAGAUUACCGAGAAAACUUUGAUGAUAAAGAGCAGGAUGAGAGUGAUGCCAGAGAAGGGGCUCUCAAGAUGGCACUGCACUUCCUGAGGAACAUGGAACAGAACAAUAUUGCUGACAAACUGCAAGAAAAUGAACAGGGUGUAGUUUGUCAAACUGAGCUGAAGAGAAAUAUCAAGAUUAAGUACCAGAGUGUGUUUGAAGGAAUGCAAAAGCAAGGCAGCUCAGCUCUGCUAGAAAAGAUCUACACAGAGGUCUACAUCACAGAGGGAGGAAGUGGGAAAGUAAAUGAGGAGCAUGAAGUCAGGCAGAUUGAGUCCAUCUCCAAGAGACCAGCAGGACAGGAGACACCAAUCAAAUGCAGAGACAUCUUUAGGCCCCUACCUGGCCAAGACAAACCAAUCAGAAGUGUUAUCACGAAGGGAGUAGCUGGCAUCGGCAAAACUGUCUCAGUUCAGAAGUACAUCCUGGACUGGGCUGAGGGGAAAGAAAACCAGGAUAUCCACUUCAUAUUUCCACUGCCUUUAAGGGAGCUCAACAGCAUGAAACACAAACAGCUCUCUUUGAUGGAUCUUCUUCACCACUUCUUCUCAGAAAUAAAGCAGUUGAAUUUCCCAAGCCAGGAGAAAUACAAAGUGUUGUUCAUCUUUGAUGGUCUGGAUGAGUGUCGACUCCAACUAGACUUUCAGAAAAAUGAAAUUUUGACUGAAGUGACAACAACCACUUCAUUGGAUGUUCUGCUGACAAAUCUCAUCAAGGGUAAUCUGCUUUGCUCUGCUCUCCUUUGGAUCACCUCGCGACCAGCAGCAACCAAUCAAAUCCCACCUGAGUGUGUCGACCGGGUCACAGAAGUACAAGGGUUCAACGACGCUCAGAAGGAGGAGUACUUCAGGAGGAGGAUCAGUGAUCAGAAUCUUGCCUGCAAAGUUAUCACUCACAUAGAAUCAUCAAGAAGCCUCCACAUUAUGUGCCACAUACCAGUGUUUUGCUGGAUUGCUGCUACUGUUAUUGAACGUAUUCUUAAGAAUGAAGGAGAUAAGCAAGUUCCAAAGACUUUGACAGAGAUGUACACAUAUUUCCUUGUUUUUCAAACCAAGCAGAGGAGUCUGAAGUUGGAAGGAGUUUAUGACCUCGAUCCACAGUGGAACAAGGCUAGUCUCCUUGCUCUUGGAAAGUUGGCCUAUGAGCAGCUGAAGAAGGGCAACCUGAUAUUUUAUGAAGACGACCUGAAAGAGAGUGGUAUUGAUGUCAGAGAGGCAGCAGUACACUGUGGCAUCUGCACCCAGAUCUUUCAGGAAGAGUCAGGCCUUGAUCGGGAAACGUUGUACUGCUUUGUGCAUCUGAGCAUCCAGGAGUACCUUGCAGCUUUGUAUGUGAUCCUGAUGUUAAUAACUGAGGGGAAUGAUCUCAUGUCUCCACAGCAACCCCUCUGGACAGUGUUUCAACUUCUGAAAUGGCAAACUGGCAAAUCCAUGGCCACCUUACAGAAGAGUGCUGUGGACAAAGCAUUGGAACAUGAAGAUGGGCGCUUUGAUCUGUUCCUCCGUUUCCUUCUCGGCCUCUCUCUGGAAUCCAACCAGAGACUCUUGAGAGGCCUAAUAAAGAAAGUACAACAUGAAAGUAAAGACGAAAUAGCCAGUUACAUAAAGACAAAGAUCAGGGACAUACCAUCAUCAGAAAGAGUGAUCAACCUCUUUCACUGUCUGAAUGAAGUCAAUGAUCACUCCUUAGUGGAGGAGGUCCAGAGCUUCCUGAGUGCAGGGACACUUUCUGCAGCCAAACUCUCAUCCACACAGUGGUCAGCUCUUGUGUUUGUGCUUCUGACAUCAGAAGAAAAGCUUGAUGUGUUUGAUUUGAAGAAGUACAGCAGGUCUGAUGAAUGUCUCCUAAGGCUGCAGCCAGUGGUGAAGGAAUCCCAAAAGGCUCUGUGAGUAGGAUAGCAAUAGCUAUGGGCAGAAAUGUAAAUGGGGGAUAUUUACAUUUAUAUUAAGUGUGAUUCAGAAGCAUAACAACCAGGGAUGGAAAUUAACUUUUUUGUCCACCUGGCACUGUGGCAGGUAGAUUUUAAAAUCUACCAGCCACUCAACAUUUUUACCA